AUGUCUGAAAAGAGGUUGUUAGAAGGCCAGGAUCAUGAGCAAUGUGAAAAGAGCAGAAAGCUUUCGAGCUUGAGCAAAGGUGGCCGAGGACAUGGCGUCGUCGACACAACCACGAGCAGAGCAACGGGCAAGGGCCUCGAUGUGGAAUUACAUCCUCUAUUGAGAUACUUCAAUUCCAGUUCCAAUUCCGGUUCUAGUUCAAACUUGCCAAUGACAAAGAACCCGCAUAGGCGGAGCCAGCGGGAAGGGAAAAGGUUUGACGAGUAUUCGUUCAACCCGUACCUCAACAGCUCCAGCACCAGCUCCAUUGCCGACAGAAAACGAAAGCCCUUGAGCUUCAACAAGCAGGGAAAGUUUGUCUCACAGGGGGACAAACUCAGGGAAAAGCUCAAGAUUGAAGAUGAGGCGAGACAGAUGGAAGAAGAUCUAGCGCGGCGGGGCUUGCUUGCCGACACGGUUCUUGGCGAAGACUCGUAUCAAGCUCGAUUUCCUCCCAUGGUUGAAUGGUGGGACAAAUGGUACCUACGAGAUAGCAACUAUUCACGGAUCAGUGAAGAUGGCAGGUUGGAGCUUGAGAACGACGAGCAGCCGAUAACUGUGUAUAUCCAGCACCCUGUGUUGCAUGAGCCCUUGUGGGAACAAGGACGGGGCCAAAAAGACGGCUUGAAACCAAUGUUCCUUACUGCUAAGGAACGCAAACGGAUACGCAAGAACGAUCGGCAGAUACGACAUAAAGAACUACAGGACCGGAUCAAGCUCGGGUUGGAAGCUCCGCCGCCGCCCAAGGUCAAGUUGUCCAACUUGAUGAACGUGUUGACCAACGAAGCGAUCCGAGACCCCACAGCAGUCGAGCAGCGGGUCAAGAAACAAGUCGAGCAGCGCCUUGCAAAGCAUCUCCAAGUCAACGAGGAGAGGAAAUUGACAAAGGAGCAGAAGCACGCCAAGCUAUAUGCGAAGCAAGAGCAGGACCUAGCCAAGGGCAUCUACAGCACGGUUUUCAAAAUCAACAGCUUGGCCAAUCCGCUGAAUUUCUUCAAGGUUGACGUGAAUGCACAACAAAACAACCUUUUCGGCAUCUGUUUGAAAAACCCGAAAUUUAAUCUUGUUGUUGUGGAAGGAGGAGAAAAAUCCAUUCGGCAGUAUAAGAAGUUGGUGAUGAACAGAAUCCCGUGGAGUGACGCCGAGGGCGAUGCGAAGUCGAAUUAUGUGCGGGUGUUGUGGGAGGGGAAGCUGCCGCAACUACACUUUGAGAAAUGGAGUAUCAUGUAUUCGAGAAAUGACGAAGAAGCGUUGAAAGUGCUCGAUAAGUUUGGAAUGAGCAGUUACUGGUCAUUAGCACAGAACUUGUAG